AUGACUAGUUUAGCCGCUUUGCUUAGUCUCUUCGCGUUGCUCGCGUGGGCUUCUCUGAUAGCCCAGGUUGAAAAGGAGGUUGUGUGCCAAUACGGUACGUGGUCCAUUCAUCGUCCUACUAAUGCCAGUUUAACCGCGGAGAACAUCGAUCCCAACUUGUGCACCCGAUUGAACUAUGCCUACUUCCACAUCAAUACCGAUGGCACCAUCGCGCUGGUCGAUCCUUGGCUGUCGGUUCUGAGCAGCGUUAAGUACUGGUUGAGCAAGGGUGCCGAUCCUGCCAAGCUCAAUCUCGGAAUUCCAUUCUACGGUAACACAUUCACAUUGGCUAACCCGAGUCAAACGCAAAUUGGAGCCCCGGCCGCUGGUGGUGGCAACGCUGGACCUUACAUAAAGAUAGCUGGAUACCUGGGCUACAACGAGAUCUGCGAAAAGAAAUGGCCCCGCUUCUGGGAUAACGCCAGAGGGGUCACUUACGCCGUUUCCGGCAACCAGUGGGUAGGCUAUGAUGAUGUGCAGAGCAUCAAGCUGAAGUGCAACAUCAUUGCUCAGUACGGACUUGGAGGUGGUACAGUAGUGGGGAUCGAACAUGAAGACUUCCUUGGACGAUGUGGUCCUAAGUACGAACUCCUGAAUACCCUCAAAGGGUGUGUAGAUGGCAAUUCUUCUGCACCAGCUACUUCCCCCCCCGUUAGCCUUUUACUAAUAAUCAUGAUAAUCAUGAUUAUAAAAUAAUAAAAUAAUGCGAGAAAUCUUUACGUCUUUACAA